UUUAAACCAUCUCACAGGCAUAUAGCUUCACAAAAUGUGUAAUGGCUACAGAAUAUGAUGAGUAAUCGGACCAAAACGUAAAUCGCCUCUCGUCUCAUCUCCCACCAUUGACAAGCAUGGCACCUGUGCCACCCCUUCCGCUGCACGACCUGGCUCCGUUGCUGCUACGCCGCGAGCGCCAAUGCAAUGACAUCGACGUGGAGCUAUUAGCCGAUGCAUUGCGUGGGGGUCGCGAGGCCAAUCGCCGUCGCAAAUUGAUGGUGGAGUUGGUGCGUCGUCAUCCAGUGCUGUCCCAACGAAACUCCAUCUACCAGAACCACGAACAGUGCUGCGCUGAGGGCUUGAAAAAGGCUUUCCACUACAUCAAACUAGUGCAAGAUCAAUGUGUUGACGACCCUCGCGACCAACAGGAAUUGUACGUGGCACUGGGCGAGCGUUUGCCACUCGAAGUGCAUCGUGCCAUGUUCAUCCCGACGCUCGAGAACCAGGCAGAUAGUGCGCAGCAGGCUAAGUGGUUACCGCUUGCAAGAAGCUUCAAGAUCAUUGGAGCCUAUGCGCAGACGGAAUUGGGUCAUGGAUCCAAUGUACAGGGCAUUGAAACUACUGCAAUGUACGACAAGGAAACACAAAUGUUCGUCAUCAAUUCCCCGACGCUGACGAGUCGAAAAUGGUGGCCAGGAGGUCUAGGCAAGACCGCAACGCAUGCUAUUGUGCAUGCCAAGUUGUAUAUUGAUGAAGAUAACAAAGGUGUCCAAGCAUUCAUUGUGCCUUUGAGGUCACUGAAGAACCACACGCCGCUACCUGGGAUUGAGAUGGGAGAUAUCGGGCCGAAGGUGGGCUUCAACUCACUGGACAACGGAUACGCAGUCUUCCGCAACGUGAGGAUUCCAAGACGAAACAUGCUCAUGAAGUAUGCAAAAGUACGGAAAGACGGGACGUUCAUCAAGCCCAAGAGCUCCAAACUCGUGUACCUGACCAUGACACAGGUACGAGCGUAUUUGAUCCUCAAGCUGAGCUUCAUUCUUGGAGCGGCCACGACCAUCACGACGCGAUUUAGUGCUGCUCGCGUGCAAGGAAAGAGAGCAAAAUGUAACGAUCUGACGAAGGAGUAUCAAGUGCUGGACUACCAGAACCAGCAACACGUGCUUCUACCGCUGAUAGGACUGGCCUACGCAGCCAAUUUCGCGGGUAGAGCGAUAACAGCAUUGCAUGAUGACACGUUGGAAUUGGUGAAGAGAGGUCACGGCUCUUUUGCGACGCAAAUUGCAGAGGUUCAUGCUGUGUCUUCUGGUUUGAAGGCGUUGCUGGCAGACCGAGUGAAUGAUGGUAUCGAGCAAUGCCGUCGACUGUGUGGAGGUUGCGGCUUCCUCCAGUCUAGUAACUUGGCUCAUCUCUUUGCUGAGAACGUGGGUGCAUGCACAUUCGAAGGCACCUUCGACGUGCUGGUGCAACAGCAUGCUCGGCACCUCUUAAAGGCACACGCUCGUCUGAGUCGCAGUAAAGUUAGUGGAGUUGACGAAGAGGAGACUCCUACCAGCUUCCUACGCUUCGCUGAUCUGUACAACGACCCUCGUCUUCGAUGCAAUGCCUACCGUGCGGAAGACUUCGGAAAGUUCCAUGUGCUUACGGAUGCUUUAGAGGUACGCGCGGCUCGCUCGAUCCAGCGACUUGUUGAGGCUAUGGAGACCUCAGGAAACGACAGAAACUCGUGUAUGCUGCUCAUGACCACAGUGUCGACACACCACGCAGAGUUAAUGCUGCUGAAGUCUUUCAUCUCGGGAGUGUACUCUUUACCAGCGGGUAAGACGAAAGCAGCCGUAGCACAGCUUUGCCAGCUCUUUGGGGCGUCACUACUAGUAAGGGGGUUGGGAGUUUUUCGCCAGGAUGAUUAUUUCUCCAACGCUCAAGGGGAAAUGGUGCACCAGCAUCUACAAAAGCUGCUGGUUCCAGUGCGUCGAAAUGCUGUACGGUUGACAGAUGCCUGGGACUUCAGCGACUUUGAACUCAACUCAACUAUCGGUCGGUACGAUGGAGACAUCUACCGUGCUCUUGUGGAGCAAACAAAGCGUGAGCCAUUGAAUGCCUCCCAAGUGAUUGAUGAAUAUGACAAGUACCUGCGUCCCCUAAUUCAGUCGGCACUGUAAUUUGAGUUACGUAUUCGCGAUUACGUAACUCAUUACGGAAGGUUUACAGUAAAACCCUAAUUUAGAGUUAAAGACCCCUUAAUACUACUGUAACUCUUAGCGUCGCUUGCAAACUAC